AUGUUUUUUUGUUCUUUCUGGAAGGGAGAGGAGAAAUUAUCUUGCCCCACAAAUCAACGGCAUUCUUUAUGCUAUAAAGCAAGCAAUAUUCUUAUUAUAUUUCUAUCGAUACACAUAUUCAAUGUCAAACCUUCCAGUUUUUCUUUCCUCAUAUCUAUCUAUCUAUCUAUCUAUCUAUCUAUCUAUCUUGCUGUACAUUAUCUGUCUGGCCAUCUCAGUUUGCUUCUAUCUAUCUAUCUAUCUAUCUAUCUAUCUAUCUAUCUAUCUAUCUAUCUAUCUAUCUAUUUCGCCUUAGAGGGGAGGGAAAUUAUCUAUCUAUCUAUCUAUCUAUCUAUCUAUCUAUCUAUCUAUCUAUCUAUCUCAGUCUUUUCAUCUCUCUCUCUCUCUUUAUCUCUCUUUAUCUAUCUAUCUAUCUAUCUAUCUAUCUAUCUAUCUAUCUAUCUCAGCCUUUUCAUAUCUAUCUAUCUAUCUAUCUAUCUAUCUAUCUCAGUCUUUUCAUCUCUCUCUCUCUCUCUCUUUAUCUAUCUAUCUAUCUAUCUAUCUAUCUAUCUAUCUAUCUAUCUCAGCCUUUUCAUAUCUAUCUAUCUAUCUAUCUAUCUAUCUAUCUAUCUAUCUAUCUAUCUAUCUCAGUCUUUUCAUCUCUCUCUCUCUCUCUUUAUCUAUCUAUCUAUCUAUCUAUCUAUCUAUCUAUCUAUCUCAGCCUUUUCAUAUCUAUCUAUCUAUCUAUCUAUCUAUCUAUCUAUCUAUCUAUCUAUCUCAGUCUUUUCAUAUCUAUCUCUCUUAUUCGUUUCAUAUUUAUCUCAUUCUGUCAAUAUCUAUCUCAUUUUGUUCAUAUCUAUCUAUCUAUCUAUCUAUCUAUCUCAUUCGUUUCAUAUCUAUUUAUCUCAUUCUGUUAAUAUCUAUCUCAUUUUGUUCAUAUCUAUCUAUCUAUCUAUCUAUCUAUCUAUCUAUCUAUCUAUCUAUCUAUCUAUCUAUCUAUCUAUCUAUCUAUCUAUCUAUCGCUUUACCUUCAUUGUUAAGGCUACUUUUGUUAACUACAACCCAAAAGAUAUAAUUCCUAAUCGGGUUAUUUUUUUGUCUAUCUAUCUAUCUAUCUAUCUAUCUAUCUAUCUAUCUAUCUAUCUAUCUAUCUAUCUACUUCAUUCAUUCAUUCUUUCUUUUUUUCAUAUCUAUCUAUCUAUCUAUCUAUCUAUCUAUCUAUCUAUCUAUCUCUUUCUUUCUUUCUUUCUUUCUUUCUCAAUCAGUUCAUUAUCUAUCUAUCUAUCUAUAUAUCUAUCUAUCUAUCUAUCUAUAUAUCUAUUUCAUUCAUUCAUUCUUUCUUUCUAUGUCUUCAAAUUCUUUUCAUAUCUAUCUAUCUAUCUAUCUACUUUUUUCUUUCUUUUUUCUUUCUCAAUCAGUUCAUUAUCUAUCUAUCUAUUUUUUCAAUCAGUUCAUUAUCUAUCUAUCUAUCUAUCUAUCUAUCUAUCUAUCUAUCUAUCUACUUCUUUCUUUCUUUUUUCUUUCUCAAUGAAUUCAUUAACUAUCUAUCUAUCUAACUAUCUAUCUUUUUCAAUCAGUUCAUUAUCUAUCUAUCUAUCUAUCUAUCUAUCUAUCUAUCUAUCUAAUUUCUUUCUUUCUCAGCCAAUUCAUUAUCUUUGUAUCUCUCUCUCUCUCUCUCUCUCUCUCUAUCUAUCUAUCUAUCAUACGCCUGUUUCGUCUUAUCUAUGUUGA